AUGGAGGCUGGGCAACUUGUUGCCCCCAGGGAGGAUGUUUUGAUCUAUGGGACGCUGCCAAUCGCGCUCCUGGUGCCACAGCUCGGAGAGACGCCGAGCAGCCUCCUGGCGUUGCAUCGUAGCUUGACAGCCAAGGCCAUAGAGACAGCAGAUGGCGAACGUGUGCUGCAGCUGGACGCGCUGGCAAGCUGCCUGCAGCUGCCGCAGCAGCAGUGCGAGCUGCUGCUCAGCACACUUGCCGCUGUUGGCCCGCAGGGCAGCGGCGUUGGUGCGCCAGCUGCGCCGCUGGCGGCGGCAGGCGGCGUGAGCAUACACCAGCUACUGCUGUUCCUGUUGGCGCAGAUGUACGGCCGCGACGCGCACAAACCGGAGACCCAGGAUCACUGGCCCGACGCGGAGGCGCGGCUCGCCCGCGCCGUCAGCCCAGGCUCGCCCAUCGCGGGCGCGAGCCCCGUCGCCGGCGCCACCACGCGGUCGCUCAUCAAGGCCCAGAUCCAGCAGCGCCAGCGGCAGCAGGAGGCGCUCAUGCGGGGAUUUUCAGACUACCUACAUAAGCACCAGCGCGUGCUGCUGGAGUUGGUGCUGGACGUUCCGCCGCUCUUUGCAGGUCCUAAGGAGCAGCAGCAGCAGCAGCAGCAGCGGCGGGGGAGCAACGCGAGCUUAGGGGCGCCCGACGCGGACGUGGCGGCGGCCGCAGACGCGGACCCGCAGCAGCCGUCGGGGAUGGCCGUGGAUGGUGCGGGCGCCGGUGGCGCGGCGGCGGCGGCGGUGGCCGCAUCGCCUCCGGCCGGCGGCGAGGCGGCGGGCGCGGAGAGUGCGCUCGUGCGGGGCGGGUCGCUGCCCAGCCUCUUGGUAUCUGCAAAGGAGGUCGAUCGACUCAGCUUUUUGCUACAGCCUGCGGGCAGCGGGCUCGCCACCCCUGCGACCGGCGCCGCCGCGGCACCCGCGCCGGGCGGCGGCGACGGCGACGGCGGUGCGCCGGCGCCCGCGGCCGCGCCGCGGCUGAGCGCGUGCCUGCCGCAGUUUGCGGCGGGGGGGCAGGACGCGGUCAUGUUUGAUGAGGUGUACCAUUGGCUGAGCGCGAGCCUCCACGGCGCCGCCGCGGUGCCGCCGCCGACGCCCGGCGGCAGCUCCGGCGGCGGCCAGGGGGGCGCGUUCUCGGGCGGCGGCGGCAGCAGCGAGGCGCAGCAGUGGGCGGUGCUGGCGCUUCUCAGUGGGAGCGGCGGCGGCGGCGGGGUGGCGCCGGCGGCGGCGGGUGCUACAGCAGGGCAGCCCGCAGGGGUUGCGGCGUUGACAGGGGAAGCGGGCCCCAUGGACGCCGCUCCAACGCGGGAACAGCAGCAGCCGCAGCAGCAGCCGCAGCAGCAGCCGGCCGCCCCACCCUCGCCAGUCGCCGCGUCCGCCGCCGCGCCCGCGCCGCCGUCGCCCGGCGCGUCCCCGCUGCUCGGCCCCAACGGCCUCGGCGCGCACCCGCUGCUGAGCCCGCUGAGCCUCGGGCCCGCGGCCCACGGGAUGCGCAUCAACACGCACCCCGUCGUCGUGCGCGGCGUGGUGGGGGCGUCGACGGGGCACGUGGACGAGCGGCGGGUGCGGGGCGUGUACAGGGGGACGGUGGUGCGCGGUGAGAGCGACCUGGCGCCUGGGGGAGAGCUGCUGGUCCAGGACUGCGUGGAGUGCCACAUCUACAUCCUGGCACCUCUCAGGCGCGUGCUGAUUUCCGGCUGCAGCGACUGCGCCGUCGUCGCCUGCGCAGUGGGCACGCUGCUGCGGCUCGACAGCUGCGAGCGGCUGACGGUCACCGCGGCGGCGGCGCAGGUGACGGCGGUCAGCUGCCACAGCUGCACGCUCUACCUCGGCACGCCGCGGCCGCCGGCGCUGCUGGGGGACUGCCGGUUCAUGACCCUCGCGCCCUUCAACACGCG